UUUGAAUUCAUCACCUGCCACCUGAAUUUUGAUUUCCUUCACAUAAAUAAAUACAUUUCUGCUGGAAAUGGAUGCAGAAAAAUUCACCAGAAAGCAGGAAAUGAAGUAUUUAUUUGUGCGGUCAUUUGUGACCAGACAAAGUGUUUGUGUUCUUUGCAGUACGGUUUCAUCAACAGCUGCCUCCAGUCUCUGGUGAUGGAGAGGUUUGGCCAGGAGACCUGGGACAAACUGAGCUCUCUAUCAGAGGUCCAGGAUACCUUCAUGACGUAUACGGUUUAUGACGACACCCUGACCCUCAACCUGGUGCAGGAGGCCUGUUCACUACUGGAUGUGUCUGCAGAUGUAUUUCUGAAGCUUUUUGGAGAACAUUUCUUUAUGUUCUGUAAGCACGCAGGCUAUGACACCAUGCUGAGGACACUGGGAGCGAAUCUCAUUGAAUUCAUUGGAAAUCUGGAUGCUCUCCACAGUUACCUGGCUCUGUCCUAUGAGGAAAUGAAUGCACCUUCUUUCCGAGUGGAGAUGACAGACGAUGGGAAGAUGCUGCUUCACUACUAUUCUGACAGAAAGGGCCUGUACCAUAUUGUACCUGGUAUCAUGGAGGCAGUUGCCAGAGAGUUUUUUGACAGCAAAGUGACCAUGGUGGUUCUCAAUCAGUCUGAGGAAAUGGAGCGCACGGGGAAGAAGGAGCAUGUUGUGUUUCUGGUCAAACAGACUAACCAGGCUAGCAAGACUAGAGACCAGGACCGUUCCAGUCAUAGAGGGGAGGCGUUAUUCAGAACAAUGAGGGAGCGGUGUGUGUCACUGGCUGGGAGAAAAAGAGGCUGGGCCCUGAUCAGAGCCGUGGUUCUCUCAGAUAAAGGCAGCCUCCAUUGCACCUUCAGUCCAUGUUAUCCAAACAAGCUGUGGGUGGAAGAGAAAGCUUUCUGCAAUGCUUUCCCCUUCCAUAUUGUCUUUGAUGAGGAUCUGAAGGUCAGGCAAACAGGGGUGAACAUCCAAAAGUUCCUUCCAGGUCUCCAGGCCAGAGAUGCUACGUUGGACCAGUGCUUUACCAUCAUACACCCACAGGUGACUUUUACCAUUGAGAGCAUCAGGAAAUUCAUCAACAGUCAGUUUGUCUUGAAGGGCUACAACGACAAACACGCAUCACUCAAACUGAGAGGUCAGAUGUUGUGGAUGGAGUCUCUCGGCUGUAUGCUGUACCUGUGCUCCCCGAAGCUUCGAAGCCUCCAGGAACUUCAAGAUGUCGGCCUCCACUUGGCUGACCUGGCCCAGCAUGACGUCACCAGAGACCUGGUUCUCCUCAACCAGCAACGUCUCGCUGAGAUGGAGCUCACCAACCAGCUGGAGAGGAAAAAAGAGGAACUGAGAAUCCUGUCACGGCACCUCGAAGCAGAAAAACAGAAGACAGAGACUCUGCUGUACGCCAUGCUGCCGCGCCACAUAGCCAAUCAGCUGAAGGAUGGGAAGAGCGUAGAAGCAGGGGAGUUCGAGGUGUGCACUAUUUUGUUCAGUGACGUGGUAACCUUCACAAACAUCUGUGCUGCCUGUGAGCCUAUCCAUAUUGUUCACAUGCUCAACUCCAUGUACUCCAAGUUCGACCGACUCACCAACAUACACGACAUCUACAAGGUUGAGACAAUUGGUGACGCAUACAUGGUGGUGGGUGGCGUUCCAGUCCCAACAGAAACCCAUGCUCACAGAGUGGCAAACUUUGCUUUGGGUAUGAAGAUAGCUGCCAGAGAGGUCACCAACCCUGUAACAGGCAAACCCAUACAGAUCCGGGUGGGUCUCCAUACUGGUCCAGUGUUAGCUGGGGUGGUGGGGGAGAAGAUGCCUCGCUACUGCCUGUUUGGAGACACUGUUAACACUGCCUCCAGGAUGGAGAGUCAUGGAGUCCCUGACCACAUUCAUCUCAGCACUUCCACAUAUAGUCAGUUGAAGGAUGCUGGGUUCAACAUACAAGAGCGUGGGCAGAUUGAGGUGAAAGGUAAAGGCCAGAUGACCACUUACUUCCUGGUGGGGAACCCGUUGGUGUCAGAAGAUAGCAUCAUGGGAAGAGAGGUUGGAGGGACCUGUCUGUACAGGGAGCACCUCUAUGGCCAGAACAAAACAGAGUCAGACACAGAGCCUGAUGUGAAAAGUGAGCCUGAGCCAAGAGACACAUCCUCGGAUGGAGCCAUCAACCCCCACCCCAGCCGAUUGCACACCGUCACUCCCUUUGCCUGGGACAUCACCCCACCGUAUGACACCACCGACAAUACAUCAGCAACCAACUUCAACAGCAGACUCUGUGUUUUAUUCUGACGGAGAACCACCUGAGCCUCUUAUUGCCCAUUGAAAUUUUGAUUGUUUAAGACAUGGGGAUAUACAUUUUAUCCAUGUUCUGACACUGUAACUGUGCAUAUUCCUUGUUUGUUAGUUGAAUGAUUUUUUUCCCACUCUUGUAGGUUAUAGUAUGAGUGAGUAGUAAUUUCAUGUGUUUAAUCCCUCAUUUAACACAGAGCCAUACUGCCAUCUUGUGGCGAUAGUUAAGAAGGGUUCCCAUAAGGAAUCCCAUAUUAUAUUUCAAGUUAAAAUAUAGUUGGAUUGAUUAAUCAACUGGUCUUUAUUAAUAUGUGCUUCGUCAUUUAGUAUGUUGAAGUAACUGCAGACUAGGUUUGUUUGUGCACAAAAUAUUUAUACUUCAUUAAGUUUCCUCCGAAGUAAUGUCUAAACUAAGAGAUCCGCCUUGCCUCAAACACGCCCGCUCAACCUGGUCGAAUAAAACUACUGAGCUUGGCGCAUCGCCGCACUUUUCUUUCCUGUUACUUCUUUCUUUCCUCUUUAUUUUGUUCCUUUACUUAAUUUUACUUUUAUUUUUCUUCUUUCUUUUGCCGUCCCUCCUUCUAGUUAUACUCUUAAUGCCUUAACCCGUUACGCCCUUAAACUCGGUUCCUGCGUAACCCUUUCGUUUGUUCGACACGUCCAGGUUUGUCUUGUCCGUCCUGAAUUUUCUUUCUUUCUUUCUUUCUUUCAACAUUAUACCUGAAGUGACGAAGCCAGCCGGUUGCAACAUUUUUUCUACGCGUUGAUAGUAACUUUGAAAAUAAUAUCGAACGGCCGACGAGAUUGUUUUCAACCUUAUUCUAAGCGAGCCGCUAAAUAGAUGAGUGACUAUUUGACCUGCAACUCCAUCAAAGAUUCAUCGGAUCCAGCGGCUGCCAAAGCAGGGGUUCUUUCGCCAAACCAAGAGACUUUCUGCAGCCCAAGAGAACCGACGUUUGAGGGCCACCUGAAAGACGUCACAGUCAGGCUCAACCGCUCCUCCACCACUGUGUUCCAGCCGAUUUCAUUCUGCUGGGAAGUCUGGGAGCCUCAAAGUGACAGUCCGGAGUCCUCGGAGAAACGUCACCCGGAGCCAACUCUGCUCAAAGUAGGCAAAAUUUCCCGCACCUGAUCCAGCCGCUGUGUUGUGAUAAGAAUUGAUGGCGAAUAGGAGACUUAAGCCCCUUUUACACUGCCAGAUUUUCCGCGAAUGUUGGGCCGAUUUGCCAUCCAGCUGCGAGCGUUUAGACACACAGAGCCGGAUUGGCGAGUUGAUCUGAGGCGCCCAAUUUUCCACCUCAUAGGGUAGACAUAUUGGCGGAACCCUUUUGACCGCGGCGGCCUUUCGCAACAGGAGGGGCUGUUGAAGACUUGUGGGAGGAGCUGUUGAUGACGCCGCACGUGCGACCCACUGGCGGUGGAUAAACAGGAGCAGCUAGUAGCAAGAGGGAAACACAAACCUGACAGACACUGUAAAGAUGAGCAACUGGGGAGACAAGGAAUUGCACGCCCUCCUUGUCCUCACAAACGAAGAGGCCAUUAACCGUCAGAUGACGGGGACGGUGAAGAACGGGCCAACUUAUGAGAGAAUCACUGAAGGACUGACCAGCCGCGGCUCCCCUCCCACGUCACUGUUUACGUCACACGCUGAGCUACACAUUUUGUUACUUGCUCACGCCCCCCAUUGCCCCGAAAAAGGCACAUUCUGUAUAAACAAAAGUAGGUAGGCGGCAUUUUGCUGCACUCCCCGAUUUUGUUUUUAUACUGCCAAUGCUGAAAGAAGACUGAUUGGGUUUUCCUGCAAAUUUGCACAACUCCUGUCUAAAAAGGACUUCAGUUAUUCUGAUCUUAAUAUAGGUUUCGUUAGGUAAAUGGUUUUGCGCAUCCCUGCGUCCCCAAUUUAUCUAUAGUCACAUAUUCUUUCUCACUGUCGCCAAACUAAAUAACUGACAAAGGGGUUACCUCUUGUCUUAAUCCAUUUACACAUACUGUUGUGUCAUUUCAUAUCAUCCUCGUUUACUAUUCAUUUACUCAAUUGUUGAACAUUUAUCCUAAAUAAAAAUUCAUUUA